AUGUUCAAGAACCGUGGCCGGCCAAAGGGCACGCGGCGAAAGGCAGAUGACGAUGACGAUGAGGACAGCGAGACCGCGGAGCAGCAAAAGCUCCAAGAGGUUCGACUUGUUCAGAAGGAGCAGUGGGGAAAGCCAAGAGGAGUGGUGCCGGUGCCCGAGAUGAUGAAGCAGCCGGAGGAAGAGGAAGAGGAGGAGGACAAGGAGCAGUGGGGUCUCCUGGAAAAGUCAUUCUCGGGCACAGCUGGUCAGAAGGGACCCGACCAUCACUUGGAGGCUUACCUCAACGAGCGCCUUUACAACAAGCGCAAGGAGCAGGAGGAGCCCGAGAUAGAGAAGAGUCGCGAGGAGCGUCUCUACGAGGUGCCGGCGAACCUGCAGGUUCCCGAUGCAGCGGAGGGCCAGGCAGACAAGAUGAGCUGGGUUGCGGGCCUUGCGGAGGUAGCCCUGCCUGUCGAGUACAAGCUCAAGAACAUAGAGGCGACGGAGAAGGCUAAGCGCGAGUACCUCUACGGCGAACAAGCGAGCGCCAAGCCGGGAGCUGUCAUCGAGACCGAUGCUGUUACCAGGAAGGCAUUUGGAUCCAGGUUCAUGAACGUCGAUCGGCGCGACGACUCCAAGAGCGCCACCGACGAUGCCGCGCUCGAACGCUUCCGGAAGCGAUUUCGUCAGUGA